AGCAUCCAGACUGACUGACUUUCCUGAAGAGUGAAGCAUCCAGAAAGCCCUAACAGUCCCGCCAAGACCUCCUCUUCUUUCCACUUCCCGACUCCAUCAUCCAUUGAUUUAUACACUCUGCAGUCCCUGAAACCCUAAAUCUCUGAAUCUUUCUCUCACAAAAAUGGCACUGGUCGCUCAAACACCAGACAUCUCCGGCGAGAGGCAGUCCGGCCAGGACGUCCGCACUCAGAAUGUCGUCGCCUGCCAGGCUGUCGCCAACAUCGUCAAGACCUCCUUGGGUCCCGUCGGCCUCGACAAGAUGCUCGUGGAUGACAUUGGUGACGUCACCAUCACCAACGACGGCGCCACUAUUCUCAAGAUGUUGGAAGUCGAGCACCCUGCUGCCAAGGUAUUGGUUGAACUCGCGGAGCUUCAAGACAGAGAAGUUGGUGACGGCACCACCUCCGUUGUCAUUGUCGCUGCUGAGCUCCUCAAAAGAGCAAAUGACCUUGUUAGGAAUAAGAUUCACCCAACCUCAAUUAUCAGCGGAUACAGACUUGCGAUGCGGGAAGCUUGUAAAUAUGUUGAAGAAAAGCUCUCCGUCAAGGUUGACAAGCUUGGAAAGGAAUCCCUUAUUAACUGUGCCAAGACCAGCAUGUCGUCAAAGUUGAUAGCUGGUGACAGCGACUUCUUUGCUAACUUGGUCGUAGAGGCAGUGCAAGCUGUAAAGAUGACCAAUGCUAGGGGGGAAGUUAAAUACCCAAUCAAGGGAAUCAAUAUAUUGAAGGCUCAUGGAAAAAGUGCUAGAGACAGCUUUCUGAUGAAUGGUUAUGCUCUAAAUACUGGCCGUGCAGCUCAAGGAAUGCCUCUUAGGGUUGCCCCUGCAAAAAUUGCCUGUCUUGAUUUUAAUCUUCAGAAGACUAAAAUGCAAUUGGGUGUUCAAGUAUUAGUUACUGAUCCCAGAGAGCUUGAGAAAAUUCGUCAAAGAGAGGCUGAUAUGACUAAGGAACGCAUUGAAAAACUAUUGAAAGCUGGAGCCAAUGUUGUUCUGACUACUAAAGGAAUUGAUGACAUGGCACUCAAGUACUUUGUUGAGGCUGGUGCAAUUGCUGUAAGACGUGUGCGGAAAGAGGAUAUGCGUCACGUUGCCAAGGCAACUGGUGCUACAUUGGUCUCGACAUUUGCUGAUAUGGAAGGGGAGGAAACAUUUGAACCAUCGUUUCUUGGAUAUGCAGAUGAGGUUGUCGAAGAGCGCAUAUCCGAUGAUGCUGUUGUUAUGAUCAAAGGAACUAAAACUACAAGUGCAGUUUCUUUGGUUCUUCGAGGUGCAAAUGACUACAUGCUUGAUGAGAUGGAUAGAGCUCUUCAUGAUGCAUUAUCAAUUGUCAAGAGAACUCUUGAAUCAAAUACGGUGGUAGCUGGUGGAGGUGCUGUUGAAUCAGCAUUAUCAGUUUAUUUGGAAUACCUUGCCACAACUUUAGGAUCCAGGGAGCAGUUGGCCAUAGCAGAGUUUGCUGAAUCUUUGUUAAUCAUUCCAAAGGUGCUUUCUGUCAACGCUGCGAAGGAUGCUACUGAGCUGGUUGCAAAAUUACGUGCCUACCACCAUACAGCCCAAACUAAAGCUGAUAAAAAACAUUUAUCAAGCAUGGGUUUGGAUCUCGCAGAAGGAAAGAUCAGAAACAACUUGGAGGCUGGUGUCAUUGAGCCUGCAAUGAGCAAAGUCAAAAUUAUUCAGUUUGCCACUGAAGCUGCCAUCACAAUCCUUCGAAUUGAUGACAUGAUCAAGCUUAUCAAGGAUGAAAAUCAAGAUGGAGAGGAAUAGUCCGUAAUCCAAGUUUGAAUAGGUUGUGCAUUUGAAGAGGGCCUCAUCAUUUUAAAUGCCCUGUGUUGUGUGGUUUUGGCGGGAGGCUUUUAAUUUCUUUCUCAAAGUAGCUUUUAUUUUCUUUAAAUUUAAGGUCUUUUUUCCUUUAUUAAUUUUAAUUUUACAUUUUUGAGAUUUUCUGGGCACGGGACCACAAUGAAACAUUGCGAUGGUUUUUGACCAGUUAGAAAAUGGCAUUAUGUGUAACAGAAGUUGCAGUGUUGGUGGAUUGGGAACUUUUGUUGGUAGGCUGCUCAUCCAACGUUUUUAAUGUAAGAACUAAAAACAUGGGAAAGUGGGAACGUGAUGCUAAUUUAAUUUGUUGAUAGAAGCAACAUAUCCGCCACUUGAUAUGGAAUUGGUGUUACAAA